AUGGCGGCACUGGAGCUCGCGAGGGUGGCAAUGGCGCGCGCGGAGCUGUGGGAAUUCGGGGUGGCGAUCUUGUUCUUCCAUGCCUCCGAGUAUGCGCUCGCUGUUGCAUUCCAUGGCCGCAACAACGUCAACCUCAGUUCACUUCUUAUUAGCAAGCAUUAUGUCAUUGCAAUGGGGUGUGCAUUGGUGGAGUACAUUGUAGAGCUGGUCUUCUUCCCUGAAUUGAAGGAAAAUUGGUUGGUUAACAAUGUUGGCUUGGUGAUGGUUCUGGUUGGGGAGGUUGUAAGGAAAGCUGGGGUCAUUACCGCUGGCCGUGCCUUCACUCACAACAUCAGAAUCUAUCAUGAAGAUCAUCAUGAAUUGAUAACUCAUGGAAUUUAUAGGUUCAUCCGACAUCCUGGCUAUUGUGGUUUUUUCGUCUGGGCUACUGGGACCCAGGUUAUGCUCUGCAACCCCAUAUGCAUAGUUGCUUUUGCAUUGGUUACUUGGCGGUUCUUUUCUUCUCGUAUUCGAUAUGAGGAGUUCUUCUUGAGACAGUUCUUUGGACGCCAAUAUGAAGAGUAUGCCAAUGAAGUUCCUUCUGGUCUUCCUUUCAUAAAGUGAGAUCGAGCAUUAUCUGCAAGUAUUUACCAAGCUAGUUCGAUUUCAAGUCAGUAGUACAGUCAGGGAGCAAACUUCAUACAAACAGAAACAACCAUUACGGACAGCGCCCUUCUUGGUUCACACCAGGGAGGGGUUACCGGGAGUUGGAAAACACGAAACAAACUGCAUUUUUUAUGUUUGUUGCUAUCCUUGCGAAUCCAAUUCCCUGGAUCAGACACUGUUACUUUCAUAAUUAAAUGCUGAUUUUGCAAGUUUCAUUGGAAAACUGGAAAUUUAGAAAUUAGUACCUUAAAUGUUCAUCAAGAGUUAUUUC